AUGUCGCUCAGGGCGAUAGUCUACGCCUACGUCCUCGGAGGACUCACCUUUGUUCCCCUCCUCAUCUUCGCAUGCAUAUUCUACACCGUCUACACCUCUGUCCCCGUCGGCGAUACCAAUCCCGACAAACCGCUCAAGGCCAGGCUCGCGCGGGAGAACCAGCAGCAGCAAGAGCAGGAUGAUAUGGAGAAGGACGCCGCAGCGUUGAGCGCGGACGGGAGUAACACCGAGAGCAGCGAGGACGCCGCGUCCUCUGCUGCGGACACCGCCAACGCCAACGCCAACGCCAACGGUUCCCCCACCGCCUCUGCGUCUGCGUCUGCGUCUGCGUCUGCCGCCGGCGAGGUGAACGACCUCCCGAAGCCGCGGCGCGGCUGGCUGACGGUGCGCCGCACGUUCGAGGAGCUGCCCCUGGACGGCUCGUACGUCGCGAUGGUGCGCUCGUUCCUCGACGCGCGCUCCAAGGACCCGAAGCGCUCGCGCCCGCGCGACGCGUGGUAUGUCGUGCUCAAGCGCACUGUGCUGUAUCUCUACGAGGACGAGAGCAUGACGGAGUGCGGGGCGGCGAUCGAGCUGGGGAGCCAUGAUGUGGGGGUGUUCCCCGGUGGGCUGGGGGACGGGGAGCUGUUUACGAAGAGGAGUGCGAUUGUGUUGAGGCCGAGGGUGAGGGAGGGUGAGGGGAGGGAUAAGGAUAAGGACAGAGAGGAGGGUGCCAGUGUGGCGGCGAUGCCGAGUGUGACGCGGGAGAUGGCGCUGCCCUUGGACGAGCGCAGUGCAGAGCAGAAGGCCGAGGACGCAGCGGGCGCGGGGACGAAGAAGGCGGGCAAGGUCGCGGAGGAGGAGCGCGCGCAGGAAGCAGCGCGCGCGGAGGCGCUCGGCGCGCAGACGCCGUGGUUCAUCUUCGUGCGGUCGUGUUGCGAGAUGGAGGACUGGUACCUCGCGCUCGUGCACGCGUCGUCGGCGCCCGCGAACACGCCGACGCUGCGCCCGCUGCACGGCGUGUUCCGCCCGGCGGAGAUGGACACGCUGGUGGCGACGAUCGACGAGCAGCCGGACGUGAUUCCGAUGCGGUGGCUCAAUGCGCUGCUCGGCCGGAUAUUCUACAGUUUCUACAGGACGCAGCUGCUCGAGUCGUACAUCAUCGGGCGGCUCAUGCGCAAGCUCGCCAAGGUCAAGCGGCCCUCGUUUCUCUCGGACAUCGUCGUCACCGAGUUCUCUGUCGGGAACCACGCGCCGCUGCUGAGCAAGCCGAUGCUCAAGGAGCUCACCAAGGAGGGCGACGCGGCGCUCGAGGUGCACGUCGCGUACAAGGGCGAGAUCCGCGCGACGGUGCAGGCGACGGCGAUCAUCAACCUCGGGUCGCGGUUCAAGUCGUACACGGUCAAGCUCGUGCUCGCCGUCGUCCUGCGCGAGCUCGAGGGGAACCUGCUCGUCAAGGUGAAGCGCCCGCCGAGCAGCCGGAUCUGGUACGCGUUCACGCAGACGCCGCGGAUGGUGCUCAACGUCGAGCCCAUCGUGAGCGACCGCCAGAUCACGUGGAGCAUGAUUCUCAAUCAGAUCGAGGCGCGGCUCAUUGAAGUUAUUCAGGAGUCGAUUGUUAUGCCCAAUAUGGACGAUAUUUCGUUCUUUGAUAGCUCGCAGUUCAUGCACCGCGGUGGUAUAUGGUCGGACGCACGCAGAACCAAGGUUAAUAUUAAUCCUGCGGACUACGCUGGGGAUGAAGACCAACAGUCCAAAAAUAAUGCUGAGGACCCAUCAAAACCAACUGAGCUCAAGCACUCGCAUUCUGCGGAAGAGAUGGGGACAGAUGGUAUUCCUGUGGAGAAUGAGACAAUUGCUCGUUCUGCCACCGUCGGUGAAGCCGCGCCUGCAACUGCUUCGGCUCGACGACGGUCCUGGUUUGGGAAGGAGAACACUGAAGAUACGAUUCUAUCGACGACGGAGGAGGAUUCCGAGGGAGAUGAACGGGGAAGAAAUACUACGCCAAAGAUGGCCUCUGAUGAGGACGUCACCCAAGAAGUCCAGGUGAACGAGCCGGACACACAUGACGUGGAAGACGAGCCCAUGUCCCCUCCACCGCCACCCCGGUCCCCCUCCGUGCAUUCCGUCGGCGCCCACUCGAGAUCGUCGAGAGCGCACUCGAUUUCGUCUUCGGUCGGCGGAGACGAGUCGGCGAGCUAUCUGUCCGACUCUAGCGGUCCUGGGCCGUCGUCUGCGUCUGCGUCUGCUCGCAGCAACAGCAAUCGGAAUUCCUCGUCCAUUGGACCGACCACGUCGUCCUUCCUCAACGCGCUCAAGUCGAAAGCGGGCGAUAAGCAGGCGCUGAGCAAUUCGGCCAAGGAGGCGAUGCGCAAGUGGGGUGUGAAUGUGAACUGGGGCGGGCUGAAGAACAAGGAUACGCCAACCACGACGGUCGAGGACACGUCGGACGGUGGUGGCGAGUCGGCGGGCGACGCGCCGGUGCCACGGACGGGUGACAGCCGGCGGUCGUUCCCGAGCUUUGCUGAGAUUAAGGCGGCGGUGGCUGAUCGUAAUGCGGAGUAUCAGCACCAGCAUCAGGGCCAGACAAAUGGCGACUCAAUACCGACCCCUUCUUCAAAUAAUGGCAAGGCUCGUACCGUCAGCACGUCGAGCACGCGCUCGACGGGUUCCCAUGCUGGUUCUUCAACUUUGGCUUCGGGCGGCGAAAGCAGUAGCGGUUCGGCGCGCACUAUCGCGAGCGCGACGCCGCUCUCGCGCUCUGCCAACGAGUCGUUCCAGGACCGGGACCGGGACGUGGAGGGCGCUGCAGAGGCGCACCGCCCGCCGCCGAUCUUCACGCAGCAGCCGACGCAGGCCAAGGGCAUGAUGAUCCCUGGUAUCCACGCCAAGCACCGCGGCGAGGUGAUGUCGUUGGGCAACGUUGCGCCUGCGUCGCCGGCGCCAGAGGAGAAGGCGAAGGUGGCAGCAGCGACGACGACGACGGCAUCCCCUGCGAUACAGAGCGUGUAUAGGCUGUGGAAGAGCCCGACGAUGGGCGCGACGGGGGCGGGCGGUAGCAGCAGCACUGGCAACGGCAAUGCACAGCAGGACACGACGCCCAGGCCCGACGCAGGCGAACGCAACAAGGACGUUGCGCCGCUCACGCUGUCGCCGUCGCCGUCGCCCGAGUUUGUGGCGCAUGCACCUGCGUCUGCGCCUAUACUGUCGCCGCCGGCACCGGCAGCUACAGCAUCAUCCCCGCGCGUGCCGCCGCCAUUACCGCCGCGCUCGGUGUCCUCGACCGUGACGCGCACGGCGACGCCCGCGAGUACGCCGGCCAUUCUCACGCAGCAGCCCGCGUCUGCGUCGGACGCGCUCAAGUCCAUCGCGUCGAAGGACGAGGGGGCGCGUCAUUCCAGGGAGGGGGCGGCGUCGCCCACGUCGCCGGCGUCUGUUGGAAGCGGAGAGGCGCCGUCGGUGGACGGUGGUAUUAAUGGCGCUGCCAGUGCUGCUGCAAGACCGGUGUCGCCGCCUGCGAGUGCGUCUCUCCCUCCGCGCCCUGAUAAUAGACCGCCGUUGCCGCCUCGGAAGGUGCCUACUAUUGCAUGA